UAGUUUUUGCAGUGGGCUGGCUCAUUCCGGCAGGUGAAUGUUGUGCUACUCUUCAGCUCCUUGGAGAGCCUUUGAGCCUAGGUGCAGACUUUCCUGCAGCAGCUUCAGCAUUUACUUUUUACAAAAAGACUCUGGAAGAUGCAUAAACAGUAUAAAUCAGUGAGCCCCACCGAUGACGUCAGUGUGAAGACUGAAAAUGGACCUCAACCUAAGAAAUAUCGUUACGUACGUAAAGAAGGCAGCUGUAACGUCGUGUUCCGCCAUGUUCCCGAGGAGUGGCUGCUGUUUGUGACUGACAUCUUCACCACCUUGGUUGAGAUCAGAUGGAGGGUGAUGUUCCUGAUCUUCGCCCUCUCUUACAUCCUGUCCUGGCUCUUCUUUGGCAUCCUCUUCUGGGUCAUCGCUCUCGCUCACGGUGACAUCAAAGACGACACAAAUGACCCGUGUGUGUAUGAGGUGCGCAGCUUCACAGCUGCUUUCCUCUUCUCACUCGAAACUCAAACCACCAUUGGCUACGGCUUCAGAGGAAUGUCCGAGAACUGCAUGAUUGCCAUCAUCGUCGUCACUAUACAAGACGUCAUCAGCUGCUUCAUCGACACCUUUGUCAUUGGAAUCGUUGUCGCCAAAAUGGCCUCAGCCAGAAAGAGAGCACAGACGGUGGGCUUCAGCAACUGCGCUGUCAUCAACCUUCGUGAUGGUCACCUGUGUCUUUCCUGGAGAGUCGGGGACUUCCGCAGACACCACCUGGUGGAGGGGACGGCUUGCGCUCAGAUAGUCCGCUCCACGGUGCAUGCUACAGGGAGGGUGGACGUGACCUACGAAGACCUGGUCAUCCAACAAAGGGACAUUGUCCUGGUCACGCCCACCACCAUCUUCCACAGGAUCGUACCCAGCAGCCCGCUGUACAAGAUGAGUUUGGCAGAUCUGCGUAAAGCAGACUUUGAGCUGGUGGUUUCGUUUACUUACACAGACGACUCCACAGGUAUGCUGCACCAGACCCGCACCUCGUACACUCCAGCCGAAAUCCUCUGGGGUCAGCUCUUCCAGGAGAUGAUCAGGGUGGGCAGGAGGCACUACAGGGUGGAUUACACCUUGUUCAAUCACACUGCUAAGGUGCUGGUGCCUGAGGUCAGCGCUGAGGAGUACGAACAUAAGAAGCAGCUGCGACCCUCUCCUCGACAUUCACCACGACAUUCACCCAGAUCUUCCCCAAGGCCCUCUCCAAGGUCACAACGGCAAAAUCAUCAAGAAACACUUCUGAAACCUCCAACAGUAACAGUAGAACUUGUGAGCGACAGCCACCAUGAACCAACUGUUUCAACAUCUCAAGCAGAGAGUCAACAUCAAGACUCUCUGACUCUGCCAAACGACCUCUCAAGUACAGAAGUAUAAAACAGUCGCAAUGUUCACAGCGGUCAUUCCCAAACACGUUGUUCAUUUUCCAUUUUUAUAUAUAUAUGAGGAAGCCACUGAUUCUUACAUCCUGUAAGAUUGCUUAAGAUACACUCCUCCACCAGGUAGUUUGUUUGGUGGGAAUUAUGUGGGAUUUAUGUAGUGUUUCAGUUUCACUCAGUAUCACAUCACAGCCACUGAGUUUCCAUCGCUGUGUGCUGAGGGAGAAGAAGUGGAUUGUGCUGCAAGAAUGGUUUGAGAUAUUUUUGACGACAUACGUUUCUCCAUCUUUAAAACUGGUCACUAUUGGAAUCCUGGUACUCGUAUGAAUAAAAGCUGAAACUCUAACUUUAUACAGCAACCAUUCAAGCCAAUAGAUGAAUAUAAGAUACACAUAAUAUAGAUAUUAUGUGAGUGUUAAGUUAUUGAGGACUCGGGCGAAAAAACAACAAAUGUUGUGAUGCAUAUUUAAAUGGGUAAACAUUUUUGUUUUUAUACUUUAUAUGGAGCUUGUGGCGAGACUGUUCUGUCAACAGCUGUUUGUCAAGGUCAAGAAUGAACUUUCGAUCUCAACAUUUACGACACACGGAUGAAAUGUUCUCAAAAUCCUCUGAAAAAUGGAAAUUUGUACAUCUGCAAUUCCAAAUGGGUAAUCUGCUGAAGAUCAUGUGAUACACUAAAAAGCUCCAGAACAGUUAGUGAGUGGACAUAGUGUUAAGAUUGUUAUGUCAACUGUUUUUAUAGUUCGUAUGAAAAUAAAUUCUAUGACAAGAAAAUACAAAUAGACCAAAACUUUAGAGUAUGUUAGUUAAUGUUGGUAAAUUGGUCUGUGUUUUAUAUUUCAUCCUUCAUGUCCUCCACGAGUUCGAGUCACUGUCAGGUCAAAUGUUUUAAUGUAAAGUUUAAAGUUAAGUCUCUGCUGGUAGUAAAUAACCAGACAGUAAUGCCUGAUAAUAAUGAGUAAAGUCAUCAAAGUUUGUGUGAAACACAUGGAAAAUGGAAAGUUUCCUUUAUAUUUGUGGUUGUGAAAUUACAUUUAUUUAGUAAGUAAGAGAAGCUACACAAAUGUGAUGUGACUGUUUGUCUCAGACUUUUGUGAAGGACAAAUAAUAUUUUAUAUCCUUAAAUAUUUUCUGAAAACAAGAAUGGGAGGAUCUGUUGCAACAGACUGACCAGAUGUGUUUCUAAUUUUGUUGUUCUAGUAUCAUUAAGCAGAUUUGAUAAAAUAUUAAAACAAUAUUGCUUAUAACACAAUACCAGGGUCAAAAAUUUCAUUAAAGUGAUGU